AUGGCUCGGAAGGAUCUCUUCCGUCGCCGGCUGCGUGCAGCCCGCGACAAGGAGGACCGCCUCAGCGAGCUCCCGGACGAUCUGCUGCUCCUUAUCCUGCGCCGUCUCGACAGCCGCACCGCACACGGGACGGUGGCGCUCUCCAGGCGCUGGACGCACCUCCCACAGGAGCUCACCGUGCUGGAUCUCAGAGUAGCUGAUGCACUGCCAGAGCGCUACCGCCGAUGCAUCCUCCUCCGCCGCGAAGCCAGGAAAUCGCCGCGGCUAUUCUGUCAAGCCAGCAAGCUAACGGAUAUCGCCGGGCGGUACCAGCGGCGCGCCACGCGCUCGAUGGUCGCCUCGGUCAGGAGCCUCCUCUUGGCCAGCAGCCGGCGUAACGUGGAUAGGCUGUCGCUCGAGUUCUUCUCCGACAUCACGUCGGCCUGCGUCGUCAACAGCCUCGUAGUCGAAGCGCUCGAUUCUUGGGGCGUCAAGGAUCUCGUGGUCGUUGCCACGCCGACAGAGCACAUCAUGCAUCCGCACCCGCCGGUGUACAGCUUCCCCCAAGGCUGUAUCAGCAAAAGGCCGGGCGAGUCUCGCCUGCAAAGCCUCAUGCUCGCGAACUGCUUGCCGCCGCCACUCGAGGGGUUCGCCGCGCUCACCGUGCUCGUCUUGCAAGACUUGCCCAAAUCAACGCCCGAUACCGUCUACCAGAGGGUGAUCGCCGCGUGCCCGCAGCUGCAAAUUCUGCACAUCAUCUCCUGCCUGUACGAAAGUAGAGCCUUUUCACUGAUACUCAAUGCACCCAUGUCACAAAUUAGGGAGCUUGUCGUGGACAGCCCCUUCAUGGUAUUCGAGGUCCGCUCUCUCCCCAAGCUCCGGAGCCUUGCCGUCUUGCACGCCAGCCUUCUGUCGACCUCCGGCGCCUUCCCUUGCCUUGAACACGCGAGCUACGUCUUCUCUGUUCAGCAACCUGAAGGCUCUUUCUAUUAUCACUUGAAGCUGGAAAAUAUCACUACCAUACUCAUGCUCUUCUUUGAAGCCGCCGUCAGCAUGACGGACCUAGCGCUGCGGUUUGCUGGGCCAGGUAUGUGGAUCGCCCUGAAGAAUCCCGUCUGUACGAUGGCCAAUGUCAGGAGGCUGCUGCUUGCGGACGUGCCUUCCUGUUGGGAUGUCGUCUCAGGCUCAGGGCCGCACCUCCUCAUCGAUGCGGCACCAUUGCUUGAGAGCAUCCAUGUCCAUAUUCCCAAACCCGAAGUGGAGCCGGACCAGGAGAUACCGUGGCUGCAGCCCUCAACUGCGCGCCGCCACCGCCAUCUCAAGGAGCUGGUGGUCGUUGGCUUUCAGAGAACAGAGAGGCAUCUUCACCUUGUAAGGUACGCCGUGGAAGUAUCCACCGCGCUGAGCCGUGUUGCGCUGUUCAAGCGUGGACAUGUCAAGGAGAAGGGGCCUUGUGGCUGGGAGAUGGUAACUUUGCAAAGCAAGUGGAGCAACGAGGAGAAACUCGCCGUUCUAGAUAGAAUUUGCUGUCCCACAGCCCAAGUUGAAGUGGUGCUAGGUUGA